AAUAGGGUAGAUGCAAAAUGUCUACCCCUGCGAAACCUCAAAACGUGUGCAAAGGGUGCAGGUCAAGAAAGAAGAGAUGCGAUGGUAAUCGACCGUCUUGCUCAUCGUGCACCGUGAGAGGUGAGCUCUGCUACUAUGAAAGGAGUAACAGGCGGAAUCUUUGUCGUGAUCGAGUUUCUGGCCAUGUAAAUGGAGGGACUACCAGAAACCCCGCCCUCCAAGACUGGACUUCAUGGCCGGUGGACGAGGUCGACGCGUUACUAGGAUUGGAGCCCACUGAAACUAUCCCAUCAUUUAUGGCUGGGCCUCAGUUGGAGGAUUCUUACGAGUGGAUAAUGCCCAACAAUGAGCUGUUAGGGACUGCUAUUCAAGCUUCUUGUCCUGGCAUUAAUCAGACCCUCGCCAUACCUCAAAAUACUGGUUCACCAACGCUACCCACGCCUCUAAAGGCACCGCCAGAACUACCAGAGCUGCCCCAGCUACUGCAGUUGAUCGACUUGUUCUUUGAGAAGUUCUAUCGCUACAUACCCAUAAUCCACCGACAAACCUUGAUGUCUGCCAUUGAGUCUCAAGGUCCCCAGGGAGUACCGCCGGUCUUGUUAUUCGCCAUCAUCGCAGUUUCAACCAGUGGCCAUCCCGACUCCCGGAUCCGACAAUCUCAGAGAAUCUGGUACGAAGAGGCAAAGAACCGGGUUUCAAAAGAUAUACAACUGUCGCACCAUGUUCUGCAAACCUUGCAGGCUGCAGUCCUGGUGGUCUAUCUAGGGCUUGCACUUGUGGAUUAUUCGCCUUGUAUUGUGGUUCUUGGCGAGGCUUGGAGAAAAACUGUUGCUAUUGGCCACAGCUAUGGCGAUAGUUUGAGAAAGAUGAUUGUAGAAUCGCUAGGUACCCAAGAAAAAGCGACGUGGAUAGAGAGAGAGGAGACUAUACGAAUCUCAUGGAUGCUGUUUAUCAUGGAUCGAGCCAUGUGUUUUCCGAUCGGACUGAUGCAUGCAAUAGACGACCGGAGGAUGACGAUUGAGCUUCCAAUGUCGGAGCAUGACUUUCAAAGCGUCAAUGAACCCGUUUCUAAACAUACCAGCCGCUUUACACAUAACCUAAGUAAACUGAUCUCAACCGUUCGAGAAAACAACUUGCAGGGCGCGGCAAAUCAACUGCAGUAUAUCAUUCUGAUAUAUACCUUUAUAGGGCGCAUAAGCGAAGCGCUUGACUUUGCCGACGAUGAAGAAGAGCGUAAAGAGCGAAUAGAAUCGCUUUGCAGUGAUCUUAUUAAAAUUCGCCUGAUGCUUCCGCGCUCUGCUACAGAGCUUUCAUUUGCCAGUUAUGACGAAUUUACACAGGUUCUUUGGCUGAAUAUGGCCUUGAAUACCUGCACUAUCCUUUUACACCAGAGGCCUCUUAACGAAGGCGAGUCCCUCGACGAUGCUGGAACGGAAUUAGCUAUAAAUUGGCCACACUGCGUCGCGGCCGCUCGAGCCUCAAUAGCUGUCCUUCGAGAUGCUUCUCGCGUAUCCAUAGAUUUCGUGGGCAAUGCACAUAUUCCAUGCCUGCUCUUCCCCAGCUGCAGGAUUCUGACGAAUGAAUACUUUUGCCCCUCGAAGCGCCAGAGAGAAGCUAGAGGCGCAGACGGUGUCCAGCCACCCAUGGGUCGCGAUCCCAAGGUGCGAGAGGACCUAGAAGUUAUUGCUUCGGCGUAUGCGAGAAUGAAGGAGGAGUGGCCCGCUCUGGGUAAAAAGUUUGGUAAAGGAAUGUACUUUUAUCUGCAUCAAGGAGCAGAAUUUGCGCGAAAGUCAAAGGUUGCCGGCGUUCGAAGUCUAGUUGGAGUAUGCGACAACUGGGGGACUAUUCCUGAUGACUAUAAGCUGGAUAUUCCAACCUGAGUAAAGUGACAAGAAAAGAAUUCUUGAUGGAUUGAAUUGGGGAAAUUUUCAAUUUGAAUACCAAGGAAUGGAUAAUGGGAUAAACAUUAGGACAGCAUCAUUUCUUAUACGGCCUUUAAUUCUAUAACACUAAAUAUCAUUCCGCU